GAGUCAACUCGCGCGAGUAAGGUGUAAAACUCGAAAGAGAGCGAGUGAGCAGAUAAGGAAUGUGAGAGAUACGCGACGAAGCGAAGAGUUUUUGAUAUCUAAAAAAGAUACCCCACACAAUUUUUACAGAAUCUUCUAGUUUUCCCCUUCCUUCAAUCAAUCUUCUUCUUCUUCUUCUCUCCCUCUUUAUAGAUUCCAUCGUUUUUCUUUAAAAUCGCUUCUCUUAGAUCUCAUCUCAGGUUGUUUCCUCCACACUGUUCGAUUUUGCUUUACUCACGAGAUAGACCAAUUUGUUCAUGACGAAUUCUGAAAAAGUUUGAGGUUUUUAUCAUUUCCAAGUUUUUGAGAUCGAGAGAAUACAAAUGGGUUCGUUAGGAGAUGAGCUGAGUCUGGGAUUAAGGCGACACAGUACGAUGCCUAUAACGAUCUGUGGGUUUCCGAGAAAAGCUUCGAAGAUCAUGAGUGUCGCGGUGGAGAAAGGUUGUAAACUCGAUGAACGUGUUCAGAAGCUUGAAGAAGAGAAGAGGAAGAUCCAAGGCUGUGAACUCGAGCUUCCUCUCUGUUUGGAGAUUUUAAACGAUGCGAUUUCGUAUCUGAAGGAGGAAAACAAGAGAUGCUCAGAGAUGGAUACUCAACCAUUGUUGAAAGAUUUCAUCUCUCUUAAUAAACCCAUUCGAGAAGAACACGAAGAAGAAGAAGAAUGGCGACAAGGAGAUGAGCUAGUCAAGGAGAAGAAGCUUCAGCUAUGGAGAGAAGAUGAUCACAUCUCAACAAACGGAAGAUUCUCAAACAAGCUAGAGAUUGAGAGAAACGAGUUGAAAUCUUCAACUAUGUCGUUGAUUCCUGGUAUGAUCACUCCAAAAGUAGAAACUGGCUUAGGCCUUGGGUUAACUUCGAGCUCGAUGGUUAAUGGAAGAAGCAAAGGCAUUGCCUCUUGUGGCUUUAACUCUAAACACUCUGUGCCACAGCCACCACCGUUUCUUCAGCAGCAAGCGUUGCGGAAGCAAAGAAGGUGUUGGACUCCUGAGUUACAUCGCCGUUUUGUUGAUGCAUUGCAGCAGCUCGGUGGACCUGGAGUGGCAACUCCUAAACAAAUCAGAGAGCAUAUGCAAGAAGAAGGCUUAACCAACGAUGAAGUGAAGAGUCAUUUACAGAAAUACCGGUUACACAUGAGGAAGCCUAAUUCGAAUCCGGAGAAACAAUCAGUAGUUGUUUUAGGGUUUAACUUGUGGAAUUCAUCAUCACAAGAGGAAGAAGAAAGCGGUGAAGGAGGAGGAGGAGGAGAAUCAUCAAAGAGAAGCAAUUCGCAAUCGGAUUCUCCCCAAGGUCCUUUGCAGUUACCUUCUACGACAACUACAACAGGUGGAGAUAGUAGCAUGGAAGAUGCUGAAGAUGCUAAAUCUGAGAGCUUUCAGAUGGAGAGAUUCGGAUCUCCAUAGCUCUCUCAAAUCCUUUACUCAAGAACCAAACUCUUGAUUCCGGUUUUUUUGUGAUUUUGGAUUCACUAAAAUAAGUAUAGAAAGGAUAGAGUUAUAUAUAUAUAUAUAUAUAUAGAAAGAGAGAGAGAGCAAUAUAGUGGAGCAAAGAGUGAGGAUGGUUCAUUUGCAGAGAUUGUUUAGUCUAUUUUUGUGUACGGCUUUUUUUGGUUGGGUUUAAUUGAGGCAUUACCUGAGUAAUAAUGUUUAUGUUUGUUUCAUAAUUUUUUUUAGUUCA